AUGAUAGAGUUGGGAGAAGAGCAGAGGCAUAUGACAACAGCUAUUCGGUCUGUGGUUGGAAAGUUGGGGAGUAAAUACUCUUCAUGUUGUCACAGCAAAGGAAGAACGGUAGCAAACAUGGUUAGGGUUGGGGACUUUCAAAUUAGGAGCUCAGUAGUCAGCAACUACAAUAUUGACCGUGAUGUCUUGUUUUCAAUUUCAAAGCCGCCUACUUCUUAUGGUUAUUCCUCUCGCCAUCCUUUUCUUUUUGGUAACCACCAUAAGAAAGCUCCGCCAGUUCUGCAUCUGGAAUAUUUUAAGUGGCCCGGUGGAUUAGCAGGUAAUCAUCGUGUAGCUCCGUAUUCUAUGGAUAAUCCCAAUACCAUAGCUCUUGCCAUUUUCGCUGUGAGAGAGUACAACAAGGAAAAGAAUGCCAAACUGCGGCUUGUGAGAGUUUUGAGGGCAUGGUACAAAUGUUCUGGUGCUUCGAUCUCAUAUUUUUUUACAAUGGAGGCAGUUGAUAAGGGUGUGGUUAAAGUUUUCCAAGCAUUGGUUUUUUCACGUAGCUGCGAAAGGGAGCUAAGAUUGUUUGGUCUUCUUAAUGUUGAUAACGGGAGUUUGUUAAAACUAAUUGUUAAAGGACCUACAAAACCUUAUGAAGGACUAUCUGCGUGCAUAGAUGGCAAUUCUUCUUACACAUUUUUCUUCAUGAUAUAUGGUACUUUCAAAUGCACUGAUUGGCAUGAGUGUUUCAUUGUCAUUUCCACAGCCCAAAGAGAGUGUGAGGUGAGGCUUGAUUAUCCAAAUGGGGUAUCACGGGAAGUUAAACCAAGGCUUGAUGAAGAGGCGCGUCAUGGUGGUCGUUUGCUCAUGACACAAGGGUGGUUAGGAUGUUGGGAAGCAACGGACACAAUGGUUUUCGAGCUUGUCAAUGCAAGGACGGAUCUAUGUAUUGGUUAA